GCACGUCUUCGGCUUAGUGGGUUCUGUCCUUUAAACCGAACGGUUUUUGUUUUAAUUUUAAUUUUUUAAAAAAGAAAAAGAAAAAGAAAAAGAAGAAGAAAAAACGAGAGCGCGAGGGAAUCCUCUCUUUAUAUUCUUCCUUUUCCGUCUUUCUUUUCGUUUCCAUAUAUACAUAUAUGCGUUCGGAGCUGAAGGAGGACUUUGUUCUUUAGGGUUUGUUGUUUUGGAGUUUCUCUUCUUUUUGUUCGUUUCAUGGUCAUCGUUUGACAACAUGAGGAAGAAGCUCGAUACUCGUUUUCCAGCCGCCCGGAUCAAGAAGAUUAUGCAAGCAGAUGAGGACGUUGGGAAGAUUGCAAUGGCUGUGCCUCUUCUAGUUUCUAAAGCUUUGGAACUAUUUCUACAAGAUCUCUGCCAUCGGACAUAUGAUAUAACUCUGAAGAGAGGAGCAAAGACAAUGAAUUCUUUGCAUUUAAAACAGUGUGUGCAUACGUUCAAUGUUUUUGAUUUUCUAAAGGAUGCUGUUAGUAAAGUUCCCGACUUAGGUGGGUCUGAUGCUGCUGGUGAGGAUCGGUCCGUUACCAAAAGAAGGAAAUUUGUUGAUAGUGAGGACAAUGAUAGCGACGAGGAGUCCAAGAGGAAUAAAAUGCAUGAGGCUGGCCAUGUUAGCGGUAGUGGCAGUGGCAGAGGACGGGGUAGGGGCAGAGGUAGAGGUCGCGGACGAGGUAGUCGAAUGGUAGAGAGGGAGACAGCUACACAUCAUGACAAGUUUGAAGAUGACGCAGACAUUUCCAAGCACAAUGAGUUUAAUGAUCAAACCCCUGAAACCCCGGAUCAUAGGGAAGAGCCUGAAGGGCCAAAGGAGAAUAUUGCAGGUCAGCGAAAUGCCGAAGCUCCCAUCCGAAACUUCGACUUGAAUGUGAGAUUAGAUGACACUGGGGACUCAACAUCCCUAUCAGCCGCUGCCCCUACUAGUUCAUCCGCGCAGUUAACGCCCGAAAUGAAGCACGAGGAAUACCCCGGUUGGUCAUUGGCCGAUGUGGAUAACAUGUCCAUUGAUCCCUUACAAUUGGCCAACUUAAAUAGGAGAUUGGACGAAGAUGAUGAAGAUUACGAUGAAGAAGGUUAAUUGACCAAAGAAUAGUGAAGCUAAUGACUGACCUCUUGUAGGUACAUAGUUCUUUUGUUGAAGAUAUAGUUGAGUAUAGAUGUGAAGCAAAACUAGGUGGAUUUGAACUAUCUUUCAAACGGAACCUAAGUUUGUCGUAUAGGUGCUUGUCUUUUUUAAUAUCAUUUUUUUUUUCUUUUGGG